CAACAUCAACACAAAAUCCAGUCAAUAUGGUCAGCGAUCGGUUAAGCAAAGUGCACAAGGCGAUCGCCAAGAAGAAGGGCAAGAAUCCUAAUUUGCACGAGGGCAGCCGAGACACAAAGCGACUGCAGCGCGCAAGUGCUCGAGAUGACAAGCUCAACCGCCUUACAAAACUGAGAGAGAAGGAAAACAGACAUUACUUGAACCGAGUGAAGUCAUUCCAAUCAUACACAGCGGAGCACACCUCACCUCUCAGUGUCAAGGAAUUGCAGGCCAUGAUUGAGGACUACCUGGGCCGUGACGACGAGGAGCUCGCCAAAUUGAAAGCAGAACGCCGUGCUGGAAGACCACCAAGCACCCGCCAAACUCUCUUGGAGCAGGCGAGAGCCACCGAACAGGACGAGUACGCCUCUGGUUUCUGGAUUCCGGACCUUGAGGAUGAGAGCGUCCUGCAAAAGCUGGAACAAUGGGAUGGCAAGUGGGCCAGCCUUCCCACACUGAAGUUCGCAAGGAUCUCGAAAGAGGGGCACAAGAAGGUGUCAAGCUUCCCACCGAAGGGCAUGUCGUGAGCGUUGAGCGAUGGCGUGCUUUCACUGCGAGAUAGACGAUGAACCAGCGUCAGACCUGCUGUGUCUGGUCUGUACAGAAGUCUGACUGUCGCUUGGGUUUCCCUCUUGUGAAUCCCAUGUCCUGCCAGCGACCCAAUAAAAGAGGAGAAUCAAGCCGGCAGUUCUGACAUAUUACUCCGACCGCGACGCAUCUACAGAGCGUCACCUUGAUACAGCGCACGCAUACGCGACCCGUAGCGAGUCAGAAUGUUGUUUGCAAUUUUCAGUCAGGCUACUCAGGGACUAGUAUCACAGAAGAAGGGCGCAUGUCAUACCGUAAGAGAAAGAAAGAGCCCGACUGCUCAGCUACGUUGUCGACGCUUUUUGUCCGGACCAUAAGUUCAAC